GCUCUUCCCCCUUCAGCCAAUCCUAUUCGAUCCCUCAAAGAACACGCCCGCGAGGUUCAUGCCGUCGAUUGGAAUCCCGUUCGCCGUGACAGCUUCGUCUCAGCAUCCUGGGACGAUUCGCUCAAGCUCUGGACACUCGAUCGCCCCGCUUCUCUCCGCACCUUCCGCGAACACGCGUACUGCGUGUAUUCCGUCGCCUGGAGCCCUCGCCAUGCUGAUGUAUUUGCUUCGGCCUCCGGCGAUUGUACGGCCCGCGUAUGGGACGUUCGCGAUCCGGGUUCGUCACUUGUUAUCCCUGCUCAUGACCAUGAGAUUCUUUGCUGUGACUGGAAUAAAUAUGAUGACUGUUUACUCGCUACCGCUUCGGUUGAUAAGACAAUUCGUGUUUGGGAUGUUCGCGCUUCCCGCGCGCCGAUGGCUACGCUUGCUGGCCAUGGGUAUGCUGUGAGGCGGAUCAAGUUCUCGCCGCAUCGGGAGAACCUGCUUCUGUCGUGCUCCUAUGACAUGACCGUCUGCGCAUGGGAUUUUCGUGCGGAGGACGCACUGCUCGCGCGGUACGACCACCAUACGGAGUUCGCGGUUGGUGUGGACAUGAGCGUGCUUGUUGAGGGGCUUCUUGCUAGUACAGGCUGGGACGAGCUUGUGUAUGUUUGGCAGCAUGGAACGGAUCCGAGAGCCAUGCCUUGAGCUCCAGUUUUGAUUGAUCCGCGUUCCAGGUUGAAGGAUAGGGAAUUUAUUGCUGAAAGGAUGCCGAUAAAUUUGAGAGAAUUGUGGCUUAGAUGUUGGAGGCGGAAGGUAUAAUGUGUUCUGAAUUUUUGGCCCGGAUCAUCAUUCAGGGAGGAUGAUUUAAACUGUUAAGCGGGUUAGCUGGACUCUACUACUUCCAAGAGAAAACGGAGAACGAUGUCAUACGACAGUAAUUGCAACCUAUCUCAAGUCACUAAAUGUUCCAUUAUAUUGUUGCAUUAUCAUUUGUGUUACCUUAGUUUCCAAUUUUUAAAACAUUUGUAUUCAUUGAUAUUUUCGAAUCAAAGUCUUUCUAGUUUCAAGUGUGAGACAUAUCUGUUAGCCAAACAUUAUCGGCUUCAUUACCCACCUCACACUUACACACCUUCCACUCUUUUUUUACUCAUUCACAAUGACAUAUGAGGAACCUCUUGCACUGCCAACUACACAAAUAAAUUGUGCUUCCUUACUUUGAUUGAUGACCACACUCGAAUGAUGUAAGUCUAUAUUUUAAAAGACAAAUUGGAAGUUGCUGUCACUUUUCAAAAC